AAAAAGUUUAAAUAUUUAACGCGAUGUGGCGUUACGAACGUUUUUGGUGAAAUGCUGCUUUUGAACAAUAAAUAUUAAAAAUAUUUAAUUCCAUAUAAACAUUAUUGAUAUAAAUUUGCUGUGAAUAACUAAUACAUGACAGUUGUGUGUUAUAAAAAAAAUUGUAUUAAAUAAAACUGUAAAGUGUGAAAUUUGUUUGAAAUUUUUAACGGGCAUUUUUCCCUCCAACGCCGACAGAAUUCGCUCUAUCAACUGUCAAAAGUAGUCAGAAGUACUGCGUCAAGUUCAUUUAGUUGGUACGGUUUUUCAUGUAGUAUCGGCAUGCCAAUUUUAAACUAAUUAAGUAAUACGGAUAUUUAAUAUAAAAUUUAAAGAAUUAAAAUAUAAGUUGAAGUUUUCUAUUAACUACGUUUGCCGUAAUAAAUUUAAAUAUAAGUGUGUUAAAAAUCAUUGUUGGAGUUGGAAAAUUGAUAACGCACAAGGAAAUUGAAUUGGAUAUUACAAGAUGCAGAGAUUUGAACAUUAUUUGGAAAAAUAUUUCAAUUUUCCAUUGGAUAUAAAGAAUGACUUGGUCUAUUCCCAGCGUGCAUUAAAAUCACAUUUGAGAGUUCUACAAAUGGUUAUUGAUGUUUUUGAGAAGCAGCCAGAUGCCAAUCCAAUACAAAAGAAGCGCAUCCUAGAAGAAGUCGAAGCAGAGAUCUACGCAAUAAAUGCAGAACAAGCCUGUUUGGUAAUACGCUUAAGACGUCUAGUGGAUAAUUUUGUGAAGACAAUGUCCAAUGCUGGUGUUCCGCCUAACUAUCCAUCAGCAUACGAUAUGAUUUCGCGAGAGGUGAAUUCAUUAGUUGAAGAUCAAUCAAUACUUGUAUUCCCGAAAUAUGUAGCGCUACGUAACAGUGAAGAAGAACUAAUUAACAAGUAUUUUGAGGUGCGACAAGAUAACGAGUGCUUUGAAGUACUUGAUUCUGAUGAAGAAGCUUCAUUGCAAGCACAACAAAUAAAAAAUGACAGCACAGUUGCUGAAGUUGAUUUAACUGUCGAGUAUCCUAAUCAAGAACAAAAUGGUAAACAAUUAUCUUUGCUUAAACCUUUGGGUCAACGUGUGGUGAACAAUGGUAAUGAACAAUCGACUGAUUCAUUACCUAAACAAGAGAAAUAUUCUCGCAAUACAUCGCCUUUGUCUUCUAUCAGUGAUGAAAAAUCAAGCGUCGAAUCAUUGUCAAAUGGAAGCAGUGAAAAUAAUUCGAAAGACAAUAUCGUGGCCAAAGUACCAGUGACGAAUAUACGCAUGAGUCGCAUGAAUUUACGCCAAGCACUUAAAAAAGCACGUACAGAAAAUUUAGCUGCAUUACAACGCACACCAAAAGAUGCGCCAAGUACAUCGGCGGCGGCACUAGCAGCAGCAGCACCACCACCACCAGCAGCACCAGCACCUGCACCUGCACCAGUCGCGGUGAAACAAGGAACUAAAAAAUCCACAAGUGCUUCUAAUACUAAUUCGUCCACAACAGUACAUUCUGCCACAAACACAAAAAAAAGUGAGUCUAGAAAAUCUACACGUGGCGCUGCAACUGCGUCUACUAAAGCCACUGAUAUACAAACAUCAUCCGAUGAUUCCAAUUUAGAACGUGAGCGAACUCCACCGAAAUCUUCAUUGUUCGAUGAGCCAAAACAAACAGAAACAAUGCCUGAAGACGUCGGACAGGAAUCAUUUUUAAAAAUUUUUGGUUUGUUUACAUUUGAAUACAGGGCCCAAAUGCAACAGCGUCGUUCCAAACGUAAACGCCGUUGUGUUCACAAUAAUGAACGUUCCGAUUUCCUUUACGGACGUUUUGAGGUUAAUAAUUCUGCAUCAUCUGUUGAGGAGAAAAAGAAACGCCAACCUUCAUGGCUAUCGCCUCAGCCAAAAAAACGCACUAAGCGUCGCAGUGCAGAUAAACAAGAUGAUAUAAAUAGUUCCCGUUCCAAUUCGAGUUCGCCAAAUGAUAAACGUGCCUGCAAUGAGUGUCUUAAAGGAGGAGGUUGUCUAGAUCAAUGUGCCGAAUGUCAAUUAUAUUAUCAUGAUUCCUGCCAUCACGAAGACGAUAUUGAAAAAAUUUUACCUGAUAAAGAUAGUUACGAAAUAGAUAAUAUCAAACGUUGCCCUCGAUGCAAACGUGCUAUGAGUGAAGAACUCGAAAAAGGGGUUGAGUUUGUUAAUUUAAGGCAGAAGUUUCAAUUAAAAGCCGAACAGGAGCUUAACCGUCGUUAUAGUCUAGAAAAGGUGUCAACCGAAUUUAAGUCACAAAUGCGUGAAUUGUUUAAUAUCGUUAAUGUUGUUAGAACCCACAAAAUUUGAAAGGAAAAUUCAGCAUGAAAAAGAAACUAAAAAACUAUGUAUAAUAUUUACAAAAAAAA